AAUUUGCAGAGAUGAAGAAAAAACACUGCAUCGGCAAUGUUGAUUCAACACCAGAAGGAGAUAAAGCGAUCAGCUGGGAAGGAGGAGAAGUGUUUCUCUGUGCUUUGUAACUCAUUCCAUCGACGAUAACUUGGAGGAGGAAACAAAAAACUCCAGCAACGAUUAUUGAUUUGGGUAAGGCGAUAGAAUGACCAGAGGAAGACUUUCCUCUUUGAUUUCUAUUAGAGCUUAGUUCGGCAAGAGAUUCGCGAAUUUAAAAAUAUAAUUCGCGCUCCAAUGAUUUGUAAUUCGUGAAUUAUCAAAGCUUUAUAAGGAAAGCGCGUUUUCACGCUCCAAUUCGGGAGCGGCAAGGAUGCAUCCAAGAAUUGGGUGACCUAAUUUGUCAUUGCGCUUUUUGAAAUGUGUUUGAUAUCUUCAUUGAUGUUGAUUCUAGAUGGAUGGAUAAAUGGCCAAUCUACGUAUGGUGUUGGAACAUACAAUUCCUUGUUUAUUUUCUAUGACUGUGAUGUUUAUGAUGAUUGUGAUAUUAGGGUGGUUGAUUGUUAUAUUAUGCUGGUAUGACUAUGAUAUUGUGUUGGUAUGAUUGUGAUAUUAUUACAAUGUGAUUGUGAUAUUUACGCUUGUAUGAUUCUAAUAUGGUUUUGUGGUAUGAUUGUAAUAUUAUUGUGGUGUGGCUGUUAAUUAUGUUGGUAUGAUUGUGGUAUUAAGCUUAGGGUUGGGAAACGGUGCAUGAUGACUCGAUAUUUGCACAUGUUUUCCCCUUUGUUUCUUGAUCGUUUAAGCUUGCAUUAUCUCUUCUUUGGCCUAUUUUACACUAGGUUGUGUUCCUUUAUUACAUUUCAGGUCCUAGCACAUAAAGUGAAGCAUAGGCUCAAGUUUAAAGUCAAUCAGAGAUCAAUUGGCGAUUAGGGAGAAGAAACUCGGGCAUGACCUGAGGAAGAAUGGAUUUCUACCUCACUUUAUGGACAAAGAAUCAUGAAAGCUUGUCAUAAAAAGAAAGAGGACGAGAAUACGAGCGUCUGGGAUCAAACGGCGACUAAUUUGGAGUCUGGACAAGGGAGAAACGAAGCAUUGAAUAUAGGAGAACAGGUUCGGCAGUAAAAACACGGGCUGGCCUAAAGAAAAACACGGUCCUGUCCAUAUUUGUGCACGACCGUGUUUUGGCCAAAGAGGGCUGCUGGGGGCAAAACACGGGCGGGCAAAAGUAAAACACGACCGUGUCCUCGACCGUGUUUUGCCCAGAAUCGAGAUUUUUAGGCAGAUUGAUGCCAAAGGAAAGGGAGAGCUGGGUUUUGGAUCCCAAACACCCAAGGGACGAACCAAAGAGAGAGAGGGCGAUUUGAGGGCAUUCUAAGAGUGGAAUUGGAGGAUUUCUUUGCCUUGGAAGCUCGAGGAACAAGCCCGGACUUGAAGACUGAUCAUCUGAAGAUUCUUACUGCAGUCUCUCUCUUCUCUAUGGAGUAACUUCCCUUCACUUAGGUUUUGAGGAACCCUAGCCAUGUUUGUUUGAUUGGAUGAUUGUAUGAGUACUCUUACUUGAUAAUCUUGAGUUCAUAUUCAAUCUUUGCAUGUUUUCAUGUUCAAAUUUUCCUUUUUAGUCGAGAUUAUUGAUUAUGCUUUGAUCCUAUGAGAGCGAAUACCUUAUUAGGUCAAUAGAGCACCAUAGAUUGAUAGUAGUGGAUCGAUUGCUUUAGUCGAGGGUUGAUUCACUGCUUUGUAUAGAUUGAGAACCUCAUUCGAUAGAGGGAAUCUAGUUCAGGAUGCCUUGAUCGGUUGUUCUAGAGAAGGAUACGUCCCUCUAGGCAAUUGACUCAAGAGGGCCUUGUUCCUUUAGUCGAGACUCAAGGUCUAGUCAAGGAUUCUCCGCAUUGUGAAUGAAAGUGAAACAAGUUAGAAAUCAUCAAUCGUUAAUCUGGCUAGUGGCUAGGGGGAUACCUAAGUGAGUUCCCAACCUGUAAUUAAAUUAACUUUAACUGUAGUUUGCUAGAGUAGUUUUAGUUCUUCCUUAUUAAUCUGGUUUGCUAAAUAAUGAACUGAAGCUGAGUAAUAGUAACUCUAGAGACCCGUGGAUUCGAUAUUUAUUACUUGAGCCACUAUACUGUAGUCCCUUCCAUUGGUUGCACUUGGCCAUUGUUAGGAGUUGUGUUUUAGCGUGUCAGUGCACUCUGGUCUAGGCCAUACCAUAUAUAGGGUAUGUGGUCCAUAAUAAGAGACUGGAGCAAAGACCAUGGACUAGACAAUAUGCUAUACAGUCCAGACCAGACCACGCAUGUGCAGUGCGGUUGACCAAACAAACAAUGCUCAACAAAUUAUGUAUUGUCCAUUACUAUAUACUAGCUAGUAACUAACAAAUAAAAUAAAUUUGGAUUUCAUCAUCAACGACAACUAGGGAUGGAAUUUAAUAUGCCCCUGGGGUGUAUGUUUAUCAAAGUCACGCAGCUAACGACUCAAUCGAAGAAUCGAUUGAGCUCGAAUAAGGAACGGAGUGUUCUUAAUACGAUCUUGGAUAGAACGGAACCAAAAGGACGAUUCCACACCUGGGGAACGCUCGAUUGGAUUAAAGGGUAGUUUCUCGACCACGAUUGAAAUGACUAUUCAAUCGAUACACAAGCUCAGCAAGUUUGGAAUCCACCAAACCCAAAACAAGUCGCAACUUGCACAAACCAAACGGUUUCUUUUCUAUUCAACAAAGUCUGAAUUUUUACAACGAAAAAUAGAAAGCUAUUUAUAGCCAAGAAAACCUAAUAAAAACCUAGAUGAACAAGGAAACAAAUAAAUUAAAAUUCUACUCUAAAAAGGACACAAAAUUCGGACCCAAACUUCCUUUCUUGAAGCACAAGUAAGCUGCCCGCAAAACAGUCAAAAGGCAGCUUUCGUACUAACUUCGCGCCUUUCGUUCGAGACCUUCCCGAACUCCAAUUCUUCAUCCAAUUCCUUCCCUUUGUUCACAAACAUACCUAGUUUCGUGUUGUGGAAGCCUUUGGACUUGAAUAAGAUCCAUACUCCUCGAAUUAAGCUCCAAAGUAGGCUUCACAAAACAGUUUCCAGAACCAUUUUCUAGCAGUUUUCCAGUUUUGAGGUAGCAACUUUAAGGCCUUGGAAAACAACCUUAAUGACAUCAUAUGGAUCCAUAAAGCAUACCAUUGCAAAAGAUGGCAACUUUAUAUGCAAAACAAAACCUUAAUCUUGAAUUUCCACCAAGCCAAUUGAGAGAACCAUGCCUCCAAAGUAUGUACCCUGAACAUGGAUUUUGACUUAGCCAAAUUCUGCCUUUCUUCUUCCCAACUUUGAUAGCUUCUUUGUCAACAGGCUCCCAAUUGAAGUUUUCAUUCACCCCAGGACCUCGAUUCAGCGCCAUUGCUAACAAAUCGUCGAUCCCCUCAUUCCCGCCGUUGGCCGCAUUUGAAAUUCCAAAACCCAGAAUUUGUGAUUCUAAUUUAGGCGUUUUCGAUUCCGGCCUCUUCGUGACAAAUUGACUGAUCCUAAAGCUUCCUGGAACGUCCCUUGAUGAUUCUAUAUGAGCCGUUUGGAUCGAAUUGCCUCCAAACUCGCCAACCCCUUCCAAAUUUUCGAAACCGAGAUUUUCCAAUUGGAAAUUGGGUGUUUGUGAUUCAAGCAGGGUCGUGACGAAUUGAUCGAUGAUACACCUUCCAGACAGCUCCACUAUCGAUGCUGAAUCAUUUUUGUGGCUCCAUUCGCGCUCAAACUCGCUAUACCCAAAGGGGUUUCUGCGGCUGUUCGUUGUUGUAAACAGGGGUGUCUGUGCGCGAAUUGAACCUUCAAUUCUAGCUUCGUUCGUCUCCGAUGAAUAAUAUUCCGACAUUGUGGGGGUCAUGGGGAUCAUUUUGGCACCAGUGGUUGAGGUCGACGUCGUCCCUACAACUCCAACCAAUUCAGUCUCUCUCCUGCCCUGUUUCGUCGGACGAAUUCGAGACCCUGCUGCUCGCGUCACCGGACUGAGUUGUCCCUCAAUUCGCCGGCCUCCCUUCACUCUCUAGGGUAGUUUUGAACACGGCGGCGUGCUCUGGUUUUCCUCCCUCGCCGCCGGCAGAACUCAUAGAGUUUGAACUCUGUUUUUCCGAAACUGAACAGAGGUCAUUCUGGGCAGUGGGUUCAGGCAAGAUUUCUUCCUUCUGAGGCUUCUUGAAACUCAUGACAUUGAACUGAACACGUCUUUGAACCCACAACUGAGCCUUGGACUCCUUUCCCGUAGUUCGAUUCUCCUCCAAUUGCUUUUGAUCUUCGUAAACUUCGUCCGGAGAAAGGGGCUUUAGCACAAUCGUCUUACCUUGAUACGGAAGCUUGUAGCGGUUGGUCCAGCCCUCGUGUGUGACCUUACGUUCGAAUUUCCAAGGUCGGCCCAGUAUUAGGUGAGCGGUUUGCAUCGGUACAACGUCACAAAUCACCUCAUCUUCGUACCUGCCGAGUUUAAAACAAACCACAACUUGUUUCGUCACAUUGAUCGUCCCGUGUUCGUUGAUCCACCUGAGUUAGUAAGGCUGAUAAUGUUUUUGUGUCUUCAAGCCAAGCUUCUUGACGGCUGACUCACUCCUACUGUCACUCUAGAAAUUGGCCAAGUGUAACCACUUCCUAAAGCGUAGUAUAGCGGGUUUGGGUUUUAAUGUCAACCCGGGUCCUAGAUUUGAUGACUACUCGGUGAAUUCUUGUUAUCUAGCAAUGAAACUUUAAUGCAAGUCUAAACUAACAAACAAGCAAAGCAACUAAACGGUUGUUUUCAGGUUAAGAGAGUUCACCCGGAUAUGGUUCCCCCUAGACUGCAGUUAAGCCGAAUUGCAAUUACCAAGUUCAGUUUCUAUGAUAGUUAUACUGCGGAAGGUUCUUAAACAGCCUGAAGUCUCGACUAAAGGUCUCCAGAUCCUCUCAAUCUGAGUCUCCAGCGGGCGACUAACCUCCACCGGAGUAAACAGAUUGAGGCCCUAACGAACAAAACCUCCACUACCGAAGUGAAUCCGGUACAGAAUAGUGAGUAGGCUCCUCGACUAAAGUCACCAACUCCCUACCUUCAAUCAAGGAUGCUCUAUCAACCUAGGCAGAUAUUCUCAUUCUAGGUUAAAGCAGAAACAACAGGAAUUUGAUCAGGAUUCAUGCCAUUCAAUCAUUCAAACCUCAAUUGAAUAUAAUCAAAUCAUAGAAUCAGUACUUGGGUUCAUACAAUCAAACCUAACAUGCAAAUCUAGGGUUCUGUACACCCAGAUGAAUGGGAGAACUACUCCAUGGAGAAAGAAGCAAAAGCAGAAUCAGACGCGGUAAUCAUACUGUGAAGAAUGGAUUUCUGCUCCUGGACGUUGAUCGGCACUUCUCCAAGCUCAAGCCAAGCUCCAAUAGUGAUGAAGAUCAAGCUAGGGAACUCUUGCUCGUCGCUUUCUCUCUCUAGGAAUCGCUCUGUCUCUCUUAAACUCGAAUCCCCUUAUGUUUUGGCUGAAAUCUGCCUAAAAAGGCAUCACUGGGCAAAACACGGUCGAGGGCACGGCCGUGUUCUGCUCCAGCCCGCCCGUGCCCUUGCCAAGUGUUAAAUACAUGGCCAGCCUUUUGGGGAAAACACGGGCGUGCUUUUGGUGGACACGGCCGUGUUCUGUCUCAGUCCUGCCCGUGUUUUGAGCUAGUGUUUGCCAAACUCAGACCAAGUCUCGGCAGUAAAAGCACGGUCUAGGAACACGGCCGUGUUCUGAUUUAGGCGUGCCCGUGUUUUGGCUCCAGCUCGACCGAAUGACUUCCGAAUGCCCCGAAACUCGUGCUUAGCCUUUCCUUUGACGCCUGGGACGUGAAAUAUGAUAAAGUAGCACAACCCGGCGUAAAAUAGGCCAAAAAUACACGACUAUGCCCCUCAAACGGAUAAGAACUAGGGGUGCAAGUACGUGCAAUUACAUCGUUAUCAACGGCGUCUAAGCUUACGAGGUUUGCACAACUGCCUCCAUCGAUCACCAAAGAAACCAAUUUUUCUUUAACAAAACACCGGCUGUGAAAUAGGUUGUCCCGCUGCUUGUCGGACUCCCUGUGCUUGAUGACGAUUGCUGGCUGCUUCUUUUGGCCACAAUUUGGAAGAUUUUUGGCCUCGCUACUGCCUCCAACACACUCCUCCUCUCUGGCAGCGUUUUCUAUCGAGAUUCAAACACCAAAACAACAACAGCAGCUGCUCAAAACAGGGGUUGCUUCUCCCCGUUUUUCGACGAAUUCUGUUUGUAUGAAACAACAAAUUUUUGCCUUCUUCUUCGCCCUUGUGUAGAACCGGGCUCUGAUACCACUUAAUACGCCCCUGGGGGUGUAUGUUUAUCAAAGUCACGCAGCUAACAACUCAAUCGAAGAAUCGAUUGAGCUCGAAUCAAGAACGAAGUGUUCUUAAUACGAUCUUGGAUAAAACGGAACCAAAAGGACGAUUCCACACUUGGGGAACGCUCGAUUGGAUUAAAGGGUAGUUGCUUGACCACGAUUGAAGUGACUAUUCAAUCGAUACACAAGCUCAGCAAGUUUGGAAUCCACCAAACCCAAAACAAGUCGCAACUUGCACAAACCAAACGGUUUCUUUUCUAUUCAACAAAGUCUGAAUUUUUACAACGAAAAUAGAAGGCUAUUUAUAGCCAAGAAAACCUAAUACAAACCUAGAUGAACAAGGAAACAAAUAAAUUAAAAUUCUACUCUAAAAAGGACACAAAAUUCGGACCCAAACUUCCUUUCUUGAAGCACAAGUAAGCUGCCCGCAAAACAGUCAAAAGGCAGCUUUCGUACUAACUUCGCGCCUUUUGUUCGAGGCCUUCCCGAACUCCAAUUCUUAUCCAAUUCCUUCCCUUUGUUCACAAACAUACCUAGUUUCGUGUUGUGGAAGACUUCAGACUUGAUUAAGAUCCAUACUCCUCGAAUUAAGCUCCAAAGUAGGCUUCACAAACCAGUUUCCAGACUUAACCAUUUUCUGGCAAUUUUCCAGUUUUGAGGUAGCAACUUUGAGGCCUUGGAAAACAACCUUAAUGACAUCAUAUGGAUCCAUAAAGCAUACCAUUGGAAAGAUGGCAACUUUAUAUGCAAAACGUUAAUCUUGAAUUUCCGCCAAGCCAAUUGAGAGAACCAUGCCUCCAAAGUAUGUACCCUGAACAUGGAUUUUGACUUAGCCAAAUUCUGCCUUUCUUCUUCCUAACUUUGAUAGCUUCUUUUUCAAGUAAUUGUGACGUGAAUUGUGGGCAAUUUGGGAUCAUAUCAGCAUUUAUAGGCGUAACCACGGGUAUUUGACCCUACCCAACCCGGUCAACGAGGUGAAUCCCCGCAUUGACUGGGUAUGAGGCAGAUACGGGUAAUACCCGCAAAGAAGCUUGUGGGUAUGGGGCGGGGAUGGAUUUGAGUGCCUCCGCCCCAUACCCAUACCCAUAUUCGCCCCGUCAUUACUCAUGUCAUAUAUUGUAAAAUAUAACUACUGUAACGUAGGAGUUGUAGGUGGCAAUUUUUAUGUUCUUUCAUCUUUAAUAUACUUUUUUUGGUAUAUUAAUAGACUUUGUUUCUCUACGAAAGAAGAACUUUGGAGGAUAAUUUGACUUUUAUGUGUGGAUUUUUAUUGUUUAAGAGGUGCUUUGGAGAUGAAUAAUUUGGUGUUGGAUUAUUUAUUGGUACUUUGUUUAUGGAACUUCGUAGGAGUUGGAUGAUCUAAUUAAGAUUAUCAGUGAUUCUUUAUUAGGUUCAUCAUUGAUUAGGUUUGAUGUUUCAACCCAAUAGUUAUAUGUUUUAUUGAAUUCAAGUGUGUUAAUUUAGUUAUAAUCAUAAUCAGAUGUACGGGGCGAGGAUUACCCUCGGGUAUCCGAAACCCGCGGGAAUGGGGAUGCGAAAUCUCCCCCCACAUGGGGAUGGGGAGGGUAUGGAUUUUAUAAUUGAAAAUGGGUAUGGGGAUGAGUUUAGUACAAUCCUCACCAAACCCGACCCAUUGCCAUCCCUAACGACAACAUAGUUCAAAAUUCAUUAACAAUAGUCCAAAUUCAAUAAAGAAGAAUAAAAAUAUCAAUAAAUCAAUGAUUAGGAGCUUCCCUCGUGGUACGUCUUGCGGGAGGGAUGGUUUUCGAGCUCAACAUCUUAUGGAUUGUUUGGGUGGUUCUGCUGUGGCUAUCUCUGAUGAUUUUCUAGCCUCUAUUACUCGAGUGAUUAAUAUUUUCCUUGAGGGUCGAUGUUUGCAGCCUCUUGGUGAGUACAUUGCUAGCGCUCUUGUUUAUAAGGUUGAUGUUUGUAUCCGUCCUAUAGCUUUUGGUACUGUUUGGAGACGUCUUGUUUAUAAGGUUGAUGCUUGUCUUGUUGGCCCUAGUUUAUCUAGUUAUUUUUGCUGGUCUUCAGUUUGGGGUCGGGGUUUCUAGUGGAGAAGAGGCUAUUUUGCAUGCCUUGAACCGGUUCGUUGAGGCACGCGGUGAUGACGUAGGUCUUUCUAUGCUGCUAGUCGAUUUCCAUAAUGCUAACAAUUUAUUUGAUUGUGGGGCCAUGCUUCAGGAAGUUCGUCGUCAUUUCCCAGUCAUCUCCCAAUUGGCAAAGUUCUGUUACUCUAAACUACCCAGCUGUAUCAUGGGAUGCAUAGCUUAUGGUCUUGUCAGCGGGGUUCAGCAGGGAGACCCUUUGGAUGAUCAUAGACUCUUUUGAUUUGAGUAUGCAUGCUUGGUAUUUGGAUGAUGGCAUUGUUGUGGGGGACACUUUGGUUGUUGGGAAGGUCUUGGACAUGAUUAUGGAUGAAGGCCCUCGAGUUGGCCUUCACCUAAAUGUGGGUAAGAUGGAGGUUUUUUGGGCCUAUUGAGGAUCCUAGGAGUCGGCUUCCGGGUCUUUUCCCUGCCUCUAUCGCUCGGCCUCCACACGGUGUCACCGUUCUGGGUCUUCCUGUCAGUUCUUGUCCUGAUUUUGCUUUUGGACUUGGUUGCGAGGAUUGAUGACCCACAGUGUGAGUUGCUUUUGCUUCAGGCCUGUACUGGUAUUUCUAAACUCUAUUUCGCUUUACAUACUUGCUCCCCUCGUAUUUUUGGGUCGGCCACUCAGCCGAGCUGUCUUUUGACACAACACUUUAGUCUAGUUUAUAAUCUAUUGUCACUGCUUCUGGACCCGGGUUUGGUGAUUGGCAGUGGCGGCUUGCCACCUUCCCUUUUCAUUUGGGUGGGCUUGGGGAUUAUGCUGCUAGAGAUGUCUUGCAUUAUGCUUUUUUUGCGUCUCGUUUGCAGUCUGCGGAGUUGCAAGCUAAACUCCUAAGUCCUUCUGGUAAUCUAUCUCCUGGCCCUACUUUUGAUGAAGCCCUACGCACCUUUAAUGCGGUUACAUGUUUUGAUCUCUAACAUGACCCUAGUGGAGUUGCCGCCCCAAACUUAUGAAGAAAUUGGCAGAUAUAUAUUUCGCGAAGGUAGUUAGAAAAAAAAAUUGAAGUGAAAUUUUUUUAUGGAGAUAUCCAUUUUCUACAUAUUCUAUUUUCUCGUUGACUACACGUCAGGUGACUUUGUGGAAGUCUCAGCAGAGUGCACACUCUUCUGAUUGGUUGAGUGUUGUUCCUAUUGGUGGGUUGGGCCAGACUAUGAAUGGGAGGACAUAUCGUAGUGUGCUUAGUCAUCGCCUGAGUGUCUCAUUGUUUCGGUAUCUAAGCCCAAUCCUACUUGUUCCCCUGUCUUUCCUGGUGAUGUCUUUGGGAUCAUGUUGUGUCUUGUGUUAGUUUUGUGGGCAUUAAGCAUCGACACAACCUCGUUCGUGACACCUUAUUGGACAUCUAUUACAGGUCUGAGAUUUCUGAUGCUAGGGAGGUCGAUAUCGGUUUGGUUGAUGGGCAUGACAGACCCCUACGUCCUAGGGAUUUGCUGCUUUAUUCCUGGGACAGGGGGCAAGAUUUGUGGGUAGAAUUUUUUCCCACAUGGUGGUUGUGGAGAGAAUUUUUCUCCCACGUUCACCACUCACGUAAAGCAAUUGUCUAUACAUACGAUUACUUUAGAAAUUGUCUGAGAGGCUAGACCAUGCCUUAAUGUGAAAGUUUUUGGAGGGCCACUCACUACAGAUGUGGUCCCACAAGCUUGCCCAACACCACUCCCAUCCAUGCCCAUUCAGCCCGAUGAAUGCGAACCGUCAUGGGGGCUGCAAGGAUGGUAUGAAAGCUUACUAUCUGACAAGUUGAAGGUGAAAUGUCAGGCUAGGGCACAUUGAUGUCAAGAAAAAUGGAAAAAGUGAUUUGUCUAAGGACUUUCUACAUUUUUCAACUAAGUGUGGGAAAAAGGGCAUGUCUCCAGAUCCAUGCAGUGGGAAAGGGGGCAUGUCAUCAAACGUGAAGAAUGAAGUGAGUGGCAAGUCUAAGCAGGUGUUGCAUACCCGUGCCAUCCUUGAUUUUCAUAACUUUGAGAUCAUGUCAAAGAGUGGACAUGGAGGCAAGUUCGUUGCUAAGGCCCCGCAUAGCAUGCCAGCCAUGAAUGGUCGACAAAGGGGCAUGCCAUCAACCAUAAAUAGUGGACAUGUAGGCAUACUCAAUAAACCAUAACAAACCCGAGCCACACAUGCUUGUAGUAAGCAUGAUAGUGUAGCUAAGUAUGGCAAGUGGAGCAUGUCAACAACUACAAGCAGUGGGAAGAUAGACGUACCAAAGAAGCCCCAACAAACCCAAGCAAGCCACACAUACUUGUAGUAAGCGUACUGAUUUAGCUAAGUGUGGCAAGGGGGGCACCUCAAUAACCAUGAACGAUGGCAUGGGGGCACGUCAUGUAGUGGUGGACAUGGGGGCAUGUCAUCGUCUGUAAAGAAACAAGUGAUCCUACAAACGACCAACAAUGGUUAUGUGUAAAAUGUGGAAGCCAACAAGUCGUAUGAGUUGGACAAAGCCAAGUUGGCCUUAAGGGUGGUCUUCGACUCAUUGAGUCCAACCACUUGUCUUCCCAACUAUAUGGGAAGAGUAAGAAUUGUUGGGGGAAACCAAGGCAAGUUAAAACUCGUGGUCCCGUUAACGAGGCCAAAGAGUUGAGAAUUCCUAAUGUACCAUUUGGAAAGAAGCAAACACAUCAAGUUCAACAUCAACCCAAUUUGUCUAGUAAGGUGGCUCAGGUUGAGCAGCAGAUACCGCUUGCAAGCCUACCAAGGCAAGACAUGUUGAGCAGGUACCAUCUGUUGUUAAGUUGGAAAAUUCGAAACCAACAGAAAAAGAGUCGUCCCCCCUAAAGGAGGGAAGGCAAGUAGUGUAUGGAUGGUUGGCUUGGUUUAAUCCAUGGACAUAGCAAUGGGUGUACACCUUUGGCACAUUGGUGGGUGCCAAAGGUUGUGGAUAUCAGUGACGUUUGUCACUCCCUUCUAUAUUAAAAUAAAAUAAAAAUAAAAAUUGGCAAGUAAAAUAAAGAGAAAAAAUCAUAGGCCAAUCAUGGCUAAAAAAGAUGACGUAGUGGCAAGUUGUGUUAGAGUUGUAACACUUGCGGCGUGAGGACCUUACCAUGACUGAUAAGGAACAAAUCAUAUGGUUAGGUCUAUGGAGCCCCUACACUUUUUUGUUUGGUUGGUACAUCAUGCCACUUACCUGGCAUUGUCUGGUGUAGACUCUUUAUCGUCCGACCACCCGUCCAAUAAGGCUUAUUUGUCGAGUGAGGAUGACGUGCUACAUAAUCGAUCGACUAAUGACAAGUAUCUCAAGCCCUACAUCUCUUCCCUUUGGGACGUGAUGUGUCAAGGGGAUCAAUGUUUGGGAUGCCAAGCGUCUCACACUUUAAGGCAUGACAUGAUACAACUUGAUAAACCAUGAUUUGAGUAGCUUACCAUGACACUGAGGGUGUGUUGGGAUCAAAGUGAAGUGUUGAUCUAGAAUGCGUUAGGGUGGAAACUAGAAUUCUAGUAGCCACCGUGGCUACUUCAGUAUCCUUCGUCAAUUUUUCUAUUUUUUCAUUCUUUUAAUCUCGCGGUUAAAAUUGAUUCAGGGUAAUUUUGGGAAAAAAGAGCACAUCUUAUUAUUCUAUAUAUUCUACCUAAAUCCUAAUUCUACCCCCUCUCUCCAGUAUAGGUGUCAAAACAGAACCCGACCGACUAACCCGCCCGAUCAUCCCGACCCGCAACCCGACCGCAACCCGAAUUGACUAAAAAUCAACAACUCGUAACACGCUCGGCCCGCAACCCGAUUGACCCGCAAAUCGACUGACCCGCAACCCGAUUAACUCAAACCCGAUUGACCCACAAUCCAAUCAAACACACAACCCAAUUAACCCGAACCCUAUUGACCCAAACCUGACUAACCCGCAACCCGGCCGACUCAACCCAAACUUCACCUAAUCCACUUGAAUAAUUAUUAUAUUAUAUAAUACAUAGUUUUUCAAAAUGAAGUUUUUCAUUCUAAACUUGGGUAAAAUUAUUUCUUCAUUUCUUAUAGGAAAUUUAAAAAUAUGAAACUCACUUGAUAUUAUGUAGUUUAAGAAAAUUAUAAAAAUUGAACAUGAAGGUCAAUUGAACACUAAGUUCUUUAACAAAAUAAAAAAGUAAAUAUAAAAUCAGCACAAUGUGAAUAUUCAUAAUUAAUAAUUGAGAUAAUGAAUAAUAUUAAUAUAAUAUAUAAAUUAAAAUUUUGGUUGAUUUAACUAUUUAAUAAAGUUAUCAAUUAAAUAUAAAUAAAGUAAAGCAAUGUAUUUGGUAAUUUGAUAUAUGAAAAUUUUGGUGUAUUCAACUUUUUGGGAAGAGGAAGAAGAGGGAAAUUAGUUUCUUUGAAUUUUUUAGAAAAGAAAAAUGUGAAAUUUUGGGGGGUUUUGAUUUGUGGGAAGUGAAGAAGUGGGAAAGUUUGGUUCUUUUGAUUAUAAAAGAGAAAUAAGGAUAGAAAUUGUGAGUUUUCAACUUUUAUUGGAAGGAAGGAAGAGGAAAAUUUGACUCUUUCAAUUUUAUGGAAGAGAAUGAGGAGGCUUAUUGGACAUCUAUACUAGAAGAGGAAAAUUUGACUCUUUCAUUAAGCAUCGACACAACCUCGUUCGUGACACCUUAUUGGACAUCUAUUACAGGUUUGAGAUUUCUGAUGCUAGCGAGGUCGAUAUCGGUUUGGUUGAUGGGCAUGACAUACCCCUAUGUCCUGCGGAUUUGCCGCUUUAUUCCUGGGACAGGGGGCAAGAUUUGUGUGUAGAAUUUUUUCCCACGUGGUGGUUGUGGCGAGAAUUUUGCUCCCACGUUCACCACUCACGUAAAGCAAUUGUCUAUACAUACGAUUACUUUAGAAAUUGUCUCAGAGGCUAGACCAUGCCUUAAUGUGAAAGUUGUUGGAGGGCCACUCACUACAAAUGUGUUCCCACAAGCUUGCCCAACACCACUGCCAUCCAUGCCCAUUCAGCCCGGUGAAUGCGAACCGUCAGGGGGGCUGCAAGGAUGGUAUGAAAGCUUACUAUCUGAUAAGUGGAAGGUGAAAUGUCAGGCUAGGGCACAUUGAUGUCAAGAAAAAUGGAAAAAGUGAUUUGUCUAAGGACUCGCCACAUUUUUCAACUAAGUGUGGGAAAAAGGGCAUGUCUCCAGAUCCUUGCAGUGGGCAAGGGGGCAUGUCACCAAACGUGAAGAAUGAAGUGAGUGGCAAGUCUAAGCAGGUAUUGCAUACCCGUGCCAUCCUUGAUUUUCAUAACUUUGAGAUCAUGUCAAAGAGUGGACAAGGAGGCAAGUUCGUGGCUAAGGCCCCGCAUAGCAUGCCAGCCAUGAAUGGUCGACAGAGGGGCAUGCCAUCAACCAUAAAUAGUGGACAUGUAGGCAUACUCAAUAAACCAUAACAAACCCGAGCCACACAUGCUUGUAGUAAGCAUGAUAGUGUAGCUAAGUAUGGCAAGUGGAGCAUGUCAACAACUACUAGCAGUGGGAAGAUAGACGUACCAAAGAAGCCCCAACAAACCCAAGAAAGCCAUACAUGCUUGUAGUAAGCGUUCUGAUUUAGCUAAGUGUGGCAAGGGGGCACCUCAAUAACCAUGAACGAUGGCAUGGAGGCACGUCAUGUAGUGGUGGACAAGGGGGCAUGUCAUCGUCUGUAAAGAAACAAGUGGGGGCCACAAGGCCAAAGAUAUCACAUGAAUGUGGAAUUAACGGUCGGGGAAGUGUUAUUGCUUUCCAAUGGUUUGUGUUUGAAGCCAAAGUUCCGCUAUGAAAGUGGUGACGCAAUUAGUGUUAAUUUUUAUAAGUUCGGGUUUAUGUUAACAACUUAGUGCAUAAUUAUUACACACUAAGUUGUGGGGUAUUUGUUUUCAUCUAAAAAUUAAUUUCAUACCGCAUCGAUUAAUUAUAAGAUAUUCAAUGGAUUUAUAAGGCUAGCUCAACUUUACUAAUUAAAUGAGCUAAUUGGGUGUUAUUGAGUUAGGUCUUUUUCCCUAAGUGGCCGAAUUCCCUCUCCCUGGACUAGGUGGUCGGCGGCAAAACAGGGUACCAAGCCAACAAGGGAGACUUGUUACCAUGACAUGAAAUUUGGCUAAGUACAAAACCAAGGUUGUACCAAGAUGACAAGUAGGGCUUGGUACCAUGACAUGGAAUUUGGCUAAGUAUAGAUACAAAGGGGAAUCAAGCAUUGAUAAUAAAAGACAUGAAAAUUGGCUAAGUAUGAAGCCAACAGGGUACCAAACCGGACAAGCUUGGUAACCAGGCAACAGGGUACCAGGACCCCAAGAAGAUAAAUUUGGCUAAGUAUGAAAUCUCAUGGCCUAGGGUGCCAUUCGACAGGGUGUCAUGCCGGCCAUAUGGUAGGCUGAGGGUACCAAGUAGGGCAAAACAGCUGACAAGGCAGGCUUGGUAUUCCUAGGUUAUCAAGACCAAGUAUGGAAUCUCGAGGAUGAAAAUGGGGUACCAAACCGACACGGUGGCAAGGUACCAACCUAUGAGAUUCCAAAAAAAAUAAGUAUGGACACCUAGCCGAGAAGGCUGGCUUGGUAGCAGGGGCAAACUUGGUAGAAGGAGGUGGUGAGAAUGACUUACCAACAGGGCAAGGCAUCAGUGUAUCAAGUAGACAAGAUGGGCUUGAUCCCAAGAUGUCAAGAUGGUGCCAUGACAAGCUCUUUAAGGCUAAGUGUGGAGACGGAAAAUAGGUGAAGUUCUCAUCCUGUCUAGGUAGGUAACAAGGCCUAACUAACAAGACGAGUAUGGCAAACCGAGAGGCUAGCUAGGUAACGAGACGGGAUGGUACUAAGUCGGCAUCAAAGGAGCUAAGUGUGGCGUCGUUGAGGAGGCCCGAUGAGAGGACCAAUGUGAUGAAGGCAAGACAAGGAGGCCCCAACCCCUUCUAGCCACCAUGAGGCGGCAAGAUAAGCUCAACUCAACACCAAUCAAGCUUGAUGCCAAGCCACCGAGAUGACGGUUAUCAACCGAUCACCAAUACUGCAAUGAAGAACCAAAGGCGGUUUGAAGCAACAGGCCAAUUAGCAGUUACCAGGGCGGUUACCAAGUUAGUUACACCUGGUGGCUAUAAAUAGGAGAAACGAAGAAGAAGCAAGGGCUUCACAACCAACCAUUUGACACACUAUGUCAAACUUUUAUAUUUUCUCUGCAAAUUAGCUUUACCCCCUAGUGUUCGAAGCUCUCACUGAACCUCAAUAGGAGUAGAAGUAAUUUAACUUAGUUUUAUCAGUCAUCAAAAUCAUCAAACAUUCUCGUUCGAAUAUUGUUCGAAGAGGUGUGAAUCGUGUGAUUUAUCGUUGUUCAACAAAUCAAUGUAUAUUAAUUGAAUUCAAACAUAAGAGUUUUCCUCGCCGGAAAACAGUUUGCUUCUCCCCUAUCCUAUUUCCUUAAUUUCGCUCUUCCCUCCCUCUCUCUCUCUCUCUCUCUCUCUCUCUCUCUCUCUCUCUCUCUGAAGGGCGAAUGUUGAUGGGGUUCUGUGUUUCUCUUUUCCUAAUUUGGUUCGAUGGCAGAGGACGGGGAAGCAGAGGAGGGACGAGUGGAGGUGGGGGUGAAGGAAGGAAUAUCAUCAAUAGCUUUGUUACCAUGUGGGUCGAUUUCUGGACAUUUCAUUCAGCUUCCUGGCUCCAUUUGCUAUGGCCUUUAAUUGCAUGCUAUUACAAAUUGACACCCUCUCCAAUUCCUUCACCUCAGUUUCAGCAAGAGGUAGCUUGUGAAAGGGACUGCAGCAAGGGUGAGGAUUAUCGCCUCACCAAGCUUACCAUCAUUGACUACAAUAGCAAGAAAGAACAAGAUGUAAUGGUUGAAUGUAGAGGUCAUGAUGCUGCUCGGUUAUCUAACAUCGACCAUGCUCAAGGGUGGGGAAAAGAUGUUGCUGGCAUGGUAGAAGAUAAACAUGGCAAAGAAAGCAAAGUAUCAGUUUCAUUUGAGUGUAAAACUGAAAAGUCAGAGGAGUCGACGAUAGAGUCUCAACGUAAUUAGGAGGAUACGCAUAGAGGGUAAGGAUUUUGACAACUUGUGACAUAAUUCCAUUGAGACGUAAAACAGACUCGGGAAGUGAUCAUCUAAUACAGGCUGAUUUAAUCACAUGCAGUUUUGGAUGAAUCAUUGCAGAUACACUUAUCUGCUAUUCUAACAAUAUGAUGUGUACAGACAACUUACAACAUUGCUUGUAAGCAAGUAAUACUACCACAACAAACAACAAACAAGGAUGGUCAGUAACGCCUAUAAAAGGCCAGAUGCUUCAAACUUUUCAGGCGAGAUACAGGAGCAGCAGCGGGGCAAGCUUUACAACAGCAGUAGCACUAGCAGAAAGAGAGAGCAUAUCAUUUCGGAUUCACGACCAUUGUCUCCAUACAGAGAAUCGUCAUCCAUGCUGCACAGAAGAAACAUUUUACAUAAGUCAAGUUACAAGUUAUUUCUAUGUUUUUUCAGGAAAACCAUGUAUAUCAAGACUCGUGUAUUUGCAAAAUACAUGACUUCGUGGAUUCAAGAAAUCUUUCGUAAAGCCCCAAAGCUUUCAAGAAUACGUACUUUUGAUGGGCACUGCCACUGGUUUCUAUUUAAAAUCGAUCCAAACCAGUCGUUGUUUUCUAACAAUACAUGCACUAUGUACAUCACACAUUCGUAAUACAUGCAUGGUUAGAUACAAGUAGUCUAUAACACAUGGUAACCAAACAACCCCUUAUCUAUCAUUCCUAGACACCAACCCCAUGUUAGAAGAACGUCUGGAAUUGCACAGAUGGUGCCACAAAGUUUUUCCUCAAAAGUGUUAGACCCACAUGCAUAGGCAUUUCACAGCGAAUACAGGUGUUAAGGCCCAAGAUGGAAGACAUUGAUUCCCACCUAGAGCCAUUUGGACAAGAUGCAAUUUGAGAAAACAGAAAAGUCAAAAAGCCUAAAGAUUAAUGAGCUAGCAGUCUCAGUUUCUAUGGAUACCAGCCCUGUAAAAGCUUUUAACUCGAGAGCUUCAGGAUACAGUGACAGGCAUACAUUCAGCUUUAGUUUUUCUUUUUCUUUCUAUUCCUAAUAGUUUCCUUAUGCAAGUUUAAAUCUACUAGGAAAAUUCAUACUUAGUUUAGGAAUGAUAAUAUGAUUAGUUUGCUCGCCCAUUAAGCUUCAUUGUAACUCCUGCACAAGGAGGCUAGUUCUACAGCAUUCACUUAUCAGAUUUCAGUAUGAAUUUUCAGACCUUAUGGAAGAGUUAUUCCAUGCUAUUUCUAAAACUUAUCAACUUAGGUGAUGGUGUCAAACUACCAAACCUUAUCACUGGUGAUCCAUCAAAACUCCCUAGUUUUCACUGUAUCGCCCAAUUCAAGCAGCUCUAUUUUCACUGUAUCACCCUUUCUUAGUAUUCAUUGGAAAUGGGAUAUGAAAGAAACAUUUAAUAACGGAAAUUGACCUUA